GUCACGAGCCCGGAGCAGUUGGCAGCCGGACAGGAGGAGGAGGAGGUGUGUCUGACACGUGACACCCACCGGGGACAAUCAGCCCAUCUCCGCUCCUCCCACUCCCCCGGCCAGGACGUGACGUCACGAUACCGCCCCGCCCCUUCCCCACACGCCGGAUUCUCCCAUUCAGCAACUGUCACCGACUCAACCGUCUCGUCCUCAGCGGCCAUGGCCUGGGAAUACGUGAGCCCCGAGCAGCUGGCCGGCUUCGAUAAGUACAAGUACAGCGCUGUGGAUACCAACCCACUGUCCCUCUAUGUCAUGCACCCCUUCUGGAACUCAAUAGUGCGGUUCUUCCCUACAUGGCUGGCUCCAAAUCUGAUCACUUUUAGCGGUUUCCUACUUUUGGUUUUCACCUUUUUUUUGAUGGCGUUUUUUGAUCCAGGCUUCUAUGCUUCAGCUCCAGGUCAGGUGCACGUGCCCAACUGGGUGUGGAUUCUUGCGGGCUUGCUGAACUUCACAUCUUAUACUCUAGAUGGAGUGGAUGGCAAACAAGCUCGGAGGACCAACUCCAGUACACCACUGGGGGAGCUGUUUGAUCACGGACUGGACAGCUGGGCCUGUAUAUUCUUUGUGGUGACAGUCUACUCCAUAUUUGGUCGUGGGGAGACAGGGGUCAGCGUCCUGGUGCUUUACCUGCUGCUAUGGGUGGUCCUGUUCUCCUUCAUCCUCUCACACUGGGAGAAAUACAACACGGGCAUUCUCUUUCUGCCCUGGGGCUACGACUUGAGCCAAGUGACCAUCUCCUGUGUUUAUCUGGUGACCGCCAUGGUGGGGGUGGAGGCCUGGUACACCCCAGCGUUUUUCAACAUCUUGUACCGAGACCUCUUCACUUCCAUGAUUGUUGGCUGUGCCCUGUGUGUGACCCUCCCCAUGAGCCUUUACAACGUGUUCAAAGCCUAUAGAGACAACACCCUGAAACACGGGUCACUGUAUGAGGCCAUGCUCCCCAUUAUCUCUCCCGUGCUGCUCUUCAUCCUCUCUACUUUCUGGAUUUUCGCUUCUCCUUCCAACAUCCUGGAGCAACACCCCCGGCUCUUCUACUUUAUGGUGGGAACCACCUUUGCCAACAUCACCUGUCAGCUGAUCGUGUGCCAGAUGAGCAACACGCGGUGCCAACCUCUCAGCUGGUUGCUCCUCCCCCUCACAUUGGCUGUGGGCGUGUCCGUCUCAGGAGUCGAAUCUCAAUACGAGACCCUGGCGCUGGUUCUGGUGACGGUGCUGGUGACUGUGGCUCAUAUUCAUUACGGCGUCAAUGUGGUGAACCAGCUGAGCAAACACUUCAACAUUCUCCCCUUCUCACUGAAAAAGCCCAAUACAGACUGACUAGAGGAGGAGGAGAAGAUCGGCCUCCAGUCUGCAGUAGUCCUCUAAUUCCCACAGACCAGAUCCGCCUCUGGGUGGAACCAACAAUGGACUCGGAACCCUUCAUAAGGGGCAACUACAAACCUCUCCUGUGGCAACUGACAUAAACUAUGAAAAAGACCAACUGAAUGUUUCUGGUGCCGUUUGAUUUCCAACACCCCCGCGACCCCUCGCUUUUAUUUGGAUUUUUAUACAACACCAGCCCCCGACUGAUCGUGAGCUCUUGGUCCAGUAACAGUAAAUAUGGGAUUGACUCCUCCCAGUUCACUGCCAGUAAUGGGACCCCUGGAGCAGAUGGGGCUGAAAGCCGGAGCCGCUGGGUUGUGUAAAGCACACGUCUCUUAUAUAGGCCUCAGGUCCCAACGGGUUCUCCUUUCUGAACUCUUUUAUUUUUGUUUUUUAAUCUUGGGAUUUAUUGGUUUUUAUUUAGAGAAAUGAUCAUGUGACAUUACCUCUCCCCUCCCCCCACUUACCCAUGUGCCAGUCUCUAUUGCAGCUGCCACAUUUAUUUAUAUGUAACUUGUCUGACAAUUGCUGCUGCUGAAGAGGGUGUCGCCCAUAUAAUGAGCGUGUGGCAAGUUCAGUGGGAGGGUAAGUGGCCACGUGGGGGACUAUUUAAAGAAAAUAAUGGUUUGGGUUCAGUUAAAUGCCACUAGAAUUGUCCCUGGUGAAUGUUAAUUCCUCUGUGUUGAACUGCACCAAUUAACGGCUGACGUGUUUCUGUGACUUUGGGCAUGAGGUUGGCAGUGCCAUACUGCUCCCCCAAAUAUAGACCCCUCCCCCUUUCACUCUGAGACCCCCGUAUCUGGUGCUACUUUUAGUUGCUUUUUUAUAUUUCUGUUGGUUCCCCCCUCCCAGUUUGGCGGUGGGACGGACUCGCAUGCCGAUUGUCUCUUUUUGUUUCUUUUUUGUUUUUAUCAAUAGAAUAGCAGCGGCCGUGCUUGAAUGAAGGGUGUAUCUAAAGCCUGUGGUUUGGACAGGGUACACUCGGAGGCAGCAAGCGCGGCCGCUGCUAUUAGGAACUGUAUAGUGUUGCUGAGUAUCAUUAUUUGGGAUCUGCAUCAGGGGGCGGGAUCAUCUGCAGCCAAUGAGAAAUGGAUUCUUGCCAAUUAAAGGCACAGACCCAGUUUCAAUGACGGGCGUCAGAUCUGUAACCCCUUGUUAAUAUACAGAUCAUACUGUGCUUUAAUUUAACCUGUGAUAUGCCAGGCCUGUCCCCCAUGUUCCUAUGUAAGUAUUCAACACUCAUCUCAUGUGAACCCCCCCCCCCCCCGAACUUUGUGUUGGAGCCUCCCUUUAUUUCCAUAGGAGGGUGCCCACCAUUAUAUACACAGUAUAGAGAACGUCAUAUGUAUUUAUUGACUCCUCCCCCUGGAAAACACCAGCUAUACAGUGUUUCUAUUGGAUGGAUUCGAUCAUCAUGAAAUGUGUUAAUUCCACCUGUUAUUGGCCAGUACCAAUGUACCCAUUAAAUUUGUACCUGUAUAUA